AUGUACCUUGAAGAUCGAACAGUGCGGUUACAGCUUUGGGAUACUGCUGGACAGGAGCGAUUCCGAUCCCUGAUUCCUUCCUACAUCCGGGACUCUAGUGUUGCAGUUGUGGUGUACGAUAUCACGAACCGUGCCUCUUUCAUCAAUACCUCUAAAUGGGUCGAUGAUGUUCGUGGUGAACGCGGUAAUGACGUUAUCAUCGUCCUUGUCGGUAAUAAGACAGAUUUGAACGAUAAGCGCCAAGUCACUACAGAGGAGGGUGAGAAGAAAGCCAAGGAGUUUAAAGUUAUGUUUAUCGAGACUAGUGCGAAAGCCGGGCACAACGUCAAGACUCUUUUCAGGAGAAUUGCACAGGCAUUACCGGGUAUGGAGGGCAGCGUUGGUGGUGAACAGGAUAAUGGGGUAAUGAUCAACAUCGACAUGAAGGGUGCCGAAGCUGGAAACCAGGAUAGCCAGUGCAAUUGCUGA